CACAAAGAAGAGUAGAUACGCGAUUAGAUUAGAUGAUGACGUAAGGAGGCUGAGGAAGUCUGCCCAGCAACCUGUUGGUGACUUGGUGAAGUUGGUGUGUGGCUACCGCCUGUCCCUGACGCUGUGUUACCUUUUAGCAAAAUGGUUAGAAUGGUUAGACUUAGCCAAGGUUUGAUGAGAUGGUGGAGCCACAAGUCACCCCAUUUGAGGAUGUACCACCAGUGGUCACCACCCCCUCUCACAUCCUCUCAGGAGGAGGUCAAGCACCAUAUUGUAGAUUUACGCUCUGAUACAGUAACAAAGCCCACUGAUGGAAUGAAGAAAGCCAUGAUGGAAGCUCUUCUAGGAGAUGAUGUUUACCGAGAGGAUCCUACAGUUUCAGAGCUGGAGAACAGGAUGAUUCACCUCACUGGCAAAGAAGCAGCUCUCUUCGUACCGUCAGGAACUAUGGGCAACCUUAUCUCAUUACUGGCACACUGUGAGCACCGAGGAUCAGAGGUUCUACUUGGUGACUUGGCACAUAUAUUCCUGUAUGAGCAGGCUGGCAUGGCUCAGCUUGGUGGUAUACAACCUCACAUUAUUCCAACAUCUCAUGAAGGCACCUUUGAUGCUAAAGAGGUUGUGCGUCGCUUGAGGGAUGAAGAUGUUCACUGUCCUAGAACAACUCUUAUCUGUUUGGAAAACACCCAUAACAAAUGUGGUGGUAAAGUUCUGCCACUUUCAUGGAUUGAUGAGGUAGGUGAAGUGGCAAAACUACUAGGGCUGCCAGUACACAUGGAUGGUGCACGGCUUAUGAAUGCAUCAGUUGCCAGUGGAGAGAGUGCUAGCCGUAUCCUUGAAGCCUGUGACACUGCCUCUAUCUGUUUCAGUAAGGGCCUUGGGACUCCAGUUGGCUCUGUCAUUGUAGGACCAGAGCCCUUCAUGUACAAAGCACUUCGUUUACGAAAAGUGUUGGGAGGAGGCAUGAGGCAAGUAGGCAUGCUAGCUGCAGCUGCACUCUACUCUCUGGAUCACAUGGUGGAUCGGCUGGCUGAUGACCAUUCACAUGCACAGAUGUUAGCACAAGCAAUACUCGAGAAUGGAAAUAAGAUUGUUAGUUGCCAUCCAUCGGAGGUGCACACUAACAUUGUUGUUGUGGAAGUGAAUCCUUAUGUCCUGAGUCCAGAGGAGUUCUGCAAGCGGUUGUCAGUGGUGGAAGAAGAAGAGAAAUCUGCAGUUGGAGGCAGCAUAAUUGUGAAAGUGUUGCCUUGGACCAACACAGCAGUGCGCUUUGUUACCCAUCAUGACAUUUCCACUGGUGAUAUCGAAGCUGCUGCUGCCAAGCUGAAAUACGUCAUCCAGGAGAUAGAUAGUAAGAAUACCUGAAGAAGGAUGGAAUUUUCAUUAACUGUGGUAUGUUGUGUUCAAAAGAGUUCAACUUUACUGAUGUUUUCUACUGCUAAAUAUAUGUGGUUAUAGUUUUAUUAGCUUUGAUAUUUAAUUCAUUUAAACUCUCUUACAUAUAGCAAAACCAAAUCACAAAAUACAUGCAAUUCUGCUCAAACAUAUAGGCUAGAUAUUCAAGCCUAAAUAGAAACCAUACCAUAUUGUAUUUAUAUAUAUAAUGUAUGUGAAUUUCUUUUGAUUGUCUACUAUGUGUAAAUAGAUUGUAUUAUACGUGAAAA